UGGGCUUGAAUCUUGAUUUUUCUCAGGUUGUUGCUUUUGUCAAAGAACGCUUAGGCAAAGAGGUUGAGAUGGGCGGAUGUAGGGGACCCGUGACAACAUUCAUUGUUGAACCCUUCAUCCCUCACAAUGAGGAGUUCUACCUUAACAUUGUAUCUGAUAGGCUUGGAUGCAGCAUUAGUUUUUCAGAGUGUGGAGGAAUUGAAAUUGAAGAGAACUGGGAUAAGGUCAAGUCCAUAUCUGUCCCAACGGGGAUAUCUUUUACAUCAGAAGUAUGUGCUCCACUUGUUGCAACCCUUCCCUUGGAGAUCAAGGAAGAAAUCCUGGAGUACAUCAAAGUGAUUUUUGCUGUUUUCCAAGAUCUUGACUUCACUUUUCUAGAGAUGAACCCGUUCACACUUGUUAAUCGAAAGCCUUAUCCUCUGGAUAUGAGAGGCGAGCUGGAUGACACUGCUGCUUUCAAGAACUUCAAGAAGUGGGGCAAUAUUGAAUUUCCAAUACCAUUUGGCAGAGUGAUGAGUGCAACAGAGAGUUUCAUUCAUGGUCUAGAUGAGAAGACAAGUGCAUCUUUGAAAUUUACAGUGCUGAACCCUAAGGGACGCAUCUGGACUAUGGUAGCAGGAGGAGGUGCAAGUGUCAUUUAUGCAGAUACAGUAGGGGAUCUUGGCUAUGCAUCUGAGCUUGGGAACUAUGCAGAAUAUAGUGGAGCACCUAAUGAAGAGGAGGUGUUGCAGUAUGCUAGAGUUGUAAUUGAUUGUGCAACUGCCGAUCCUGAUGGUCGCAAGAGAGCCCUUGUCAUUGGUGGAGGAAUAGCUAACUUUACCGAUGUGGCUGCUACAUUCAAUGGCAUAAUUCGAGCCUUGAAGGAGAAAGAAUCAAAGCUGAAAGCAGCAAGAAUGAACAUAUACGUGAGGAGAGGAGGUCCUAAUUACCAGAGGGGCCUGGCCAAAAUGCGAUCACUCGGAGAUGAGAUUGGUAUCCCUAUCGAGGUUUAUGGUCCAGAAGCAACAAUGACCGGCAUAUGCAAGCAGGCAAUUGAGUGCAUCACUGCAGCUGCAUAAGUUGCCAUGAUAAACAAUCUCGUGUUGUCUUCGCCGUUGCAGGAAGUUUUCAGUAGAUUCUAGUUCUGUUUAAAUUUGACCAAAAACCUCAGGAAGUAAUGUUAGUUCAAACUAAUCAUCUGUAAUGGUUGUGAUUUCGGACAGAUGGUAUUGUCAAACGUAAUAAAGAACUCAGAAUGUUUUUCUUUCUCAUCUCUAGUCUCCCUGCCUUGAUAGUUAUAUUUCUCGAUGUCAUUUUUUCAAGCUUAGAAUAAAUUUCUAAGGGCUAA